GGCAUUCUUUGGGUCCUUGAACAAAACAUCAUCAUCUUCACAGAUUCUUUCAAUUAUAUCUUCCGGGGACUCAUAUGGAUCAUCAGUGGCAUGGAUUCUGUAUGGAACUUCCCAUUUUUUCGCACUUUGAUCUUGGACGUUUUCACCAAACUGCUUUGCAGUUAUACCGUAUGCUUCAACAGCAUCAUACAAAACAUUGUCUCUGAUUCUUUCGAAUAUAGCAUAUUUGAAAUGCUUCUUUGUGGCUUUAGAAGCUUCAAUUAUUUCUUCUUGAGGUUCUUUGUCUUCAUCUUCCUCGCCAUUUUCAUUGUCAUCGUUAGUUUGUUCAACGGGUUCAGAGUCUUUCUGUUCAGAGAGCUUUUUGAUUUCUUUCGAGUAGGUGAAAUAGAUGUAGUCGUGGAAAUCUUGAAUGGCAACCAUUGA